AUUCACAGGUGUAAAUAUUUAAAAGUCAAGCCCCGUAGGAACGGAUAGAAGAAUGAAGAUAUUUGUGGAAUCUCUUCAAUGCACUUUUCUCGUUGCUGGACUUGUUCACUGUAUCAACACUGAUAAACGUUGAUACGUGGUAUUUGUCUAAAGCGCGGUCUAUUUGCGCGUGCGCUCAGUGCGCGCCGCUCACUGACAUCUACUGCGCAAGUGCGUGUGGAGGACGGAGGUCCGCCAUCUUGUCUGCAGGUUGGAUUCGCGGACAUGGGGACUGAGGAGGAAAGCUGGAAAAACACACAGAGACCAGCGAUGCACCCGUCUAUAAUCAAGGGUGGAGGACAGUUGCAGAGCACCUCCCUCCACAGCUGGGCACAGUUUGGUUGUCCUCUGUGCCCCAAAUUCAUCACCACACAGGGAGAGACAUUACGCAGACACCUGGGGGCCCACGUACAGAAUGCAGUGCAUCUCCAAGACACUAUCAUUUGCCGAUGCAACUUGUCGUGCAGAGACUCGGGUCAUUACCACUGUCCAAACUGCACAAAAACAAUUGUGCGCAAAAAAGAUAUUGCGGCACAUGUGACUGGAUGUCAGAGACCCUGUGAUAAAGUGCCUGCUCCAUGUGAAACAAUCUCAUCUCAGUCAGCUGAUAUCGGCCCAUCAGCAGCUUCAUCAUCACUGGGCUUCACUCCCUGUGAUUCCCAAGAGAAGUCAGCUCACACUCCAGGAUACACGUCUUCAAACUCUGCCUCAGAGCUUCACUCUCCCCAAUCUGCUCCAGAGGAUUUUAUUUCAUCAAUCACAAAUGAAGACCACUGUUACACACUUUCUCCCAAAGCUUCUGUUACACCACAGUCUUCUCAACCACCCUCAGCUUCACCCCCAAAGGCCUUUGAAUUGGAUUUAUCACCCAGAGGACAAUUUGGUGCUGCACGCUCUGAAACAACAGAGCUGACAUGUUUUCGUGUGGCAAAUUUGAAAUCAGUGAAGUGCCCUCACUGCUCCAUUGUUCUUUACAAAAAAAAUCUGUCAGUUCACAUACAAAGAAAGCAUGCAAUGCUAAAAGACAUCAGAGGUUCAUCUCACCUCGAAUAUGUUGAUAGAAAUUGUAGUACAAGAACACAAGCGGUACCAGGCAGAGGUCACCUUAGCCGGGGGGAGUCAGUUGUAAUUAUCCUUUUUAAAAAAAUAAACAAAGACUGAAUAAAUUACA